UUGGGAUGACAGUUGGUGGCAGUAGGUGCGGUUCCCCUAUUUGAAAUUUGACUGUGCUGCAUCCCCUCCUCUGGUGCCGCCACUGGACCUAACCACUAUCCUCUUUGCUACUGCCUUGUGCUUCAGCAGGCCCUAUAGUGCUCUGCACUGAAUGUUCCUGUUUGCCUAAUGUUUUGAAGCCAGAUGCUGAGCAAACGCUGUAGGAAUUCCGAUCACUUUAUCAAGGCUUCAAAAAUAACAGCACGGUGGAGUCAGACUCAUGUGACGGCUUCAUGGGCUUGAAGGAUGAUUUCGGGCACAGUUUUGGAUGCCUGUAUGCAAAGAGCAGUGACACACACUUAAGUGCAAUUGUACCGUGGACUAUUCUGCGUAAACCAACAAUGGAUAAAGUGAAUUCCAGAAAAGAUGAUUCAGACAAAGAUACCUCUGAGGAGACCGGCAGUUCAAGUGGUGACUCGGAAGAAAGCACAAAUUCUGACAAUGAGCCUGAGCUGUCGAGGAGACUUGUAGCAGAACCUUGUCGGGUAGUCAAGGCACAUAGAAAACUCUGUCGUUCUCCCCGCAUCGAGCCAUACAUCCUUAAGCGCAAUGAGAUUCUUCAAGACCUUAAAAGCGAGGAUGAUCUUACAGGCACUAAAGAGGUCAAGAAGCCACCUGACGUAAAGGAAUACCAAACAAAACUUGACUUUGCACUUAAAUUAGGUUACUCUGAAGAGCAGGUGCUUCUUGUAUUUAACAAACUUGGUACCAAUGCUUUAAUUAAUGACAUUUUGGGAGAGCUGGUCAAGCUUGGCAGCAAGAGCGAGAUUGAACAAAAUGGGGGUGUAAAUAAUACGGUUAUACGGGAAGCAUCUUCUUUGGAAUCUGAAAGAUCCGAAUCUCCUUUUCACCAGGAAGUAAUUGAUGAUAAUGAAAAUCUACGACCCAUUGUCAUUGAUGGGAGCAAUGUUGCCAUGAGUCAUGGUAAUAAAGAAGUAUUUUCUUGCCGUGGAAUCAAGCUAGCUGUGACCUGGUUUCUGGACAGAGGGCAUAAGGAUGUGACGGUGUUUGUGCCCGCCUGGAGGAAGGAGCAGUCACGGCCCGAUGCCCUCAUUACAGACCAAGAAAUCCUACGGAAGUUGGAGAAGGAAAAGAUUCUGGUGUUCACCCCAUCCCGUCGGGUACAGGGCAGAAGGGUGGUCUGCUACGAUGAUCGCUUCAUAGUGAAGUUGGCGUUCGAAUCAGAUGGCAUUAUUGUAUCUAACGAUAACUACAGGGAUCUGGCAAAUGAGAAGCCUGAGUGGAAGAAAUUCAUAGAUGAAAGAUUGCUCAUGUAUUCAUUUGUCAAUGACAAGUUUAUGCCUCCUGAUGACCCACUAGGCCGCCAUGGACCAAGCCUGGAUAACUUUUUGAGAAAGAAGCCUGUUGUCCCUGAAUGCAAGAAGCAGCCAUGUCCUUAUGGAAAGAAAUGCACCUAUGGGCAUAAGUGCAAGUAUUACCACCCCGAAAGGGGCAAUCAGCCACAGAGGUCAGUGGCGGAUGAACUUCGUGCCAUGUCUCGUAGCAACAUUGCCAAAACUGCUGGUGAAAUUGGGUUGGUCAAGAGCAACAGUGUUCCUUCAAACACCAAGAUUGACACCAACUCCGAUGGGAAGCGCUCGACUCCAAAGAGGCAAUCAGACCCUAGUAUUAGAACUCAGGCGUUUGACUUAGAGGAGAAACUCCCCACCAAAAACAAAUUGGAAACUAGGUCUGUACCAUCUUUAGUUAGUCUAUCAAAUGUGAAACCCCAAAGUACUACUCCGUCUAGAAAGGGAAUGCUUAACAAUGUGCAUUUACCAUCUCAGGACCAAAUACCACCCGGGCUUUAUCCGUAUCCCAAAUGUGAAUCCCCAGUGGAUAUGGGGUAUUAUUCAAUGAUGAAUGCUUAUUCAAACCUUGGCAUCUCUGGAACCCGGAGUCCAGAACGGCGUUUCUCUCUGGAUACAGAGUACAGGAUAAGUUCUGUGGCAUCUGACUGCAGUAGUGAAGGUAGUUUGAGCUGUGGCAGCAGUGGGGAUUCAUAUGCUGGAUAUACCGACCGCUCCUAUGUCAGCUCCCCUGACUCACAGCUGGAUGACAAUCUAAAAUGUCAGCAUAUUCAUCCGCACAGCCAUUCAGGUUCGCAAGCGUUCAUGCAAGGUUACCAUGAUUCCUUGACAAGAGUCCAAAGUUAUGGGCACGAACAAGAGGUAAAACAUCACCACAAGCCUCCACCACCUUAUAUGCCCAUGCCCCUGCAGCACCCCGUCAUUGCAGCUCGCUCAAGUUGUCCGAAUGAGUAUCAUGUUUCCCAGAAUUCCCCAGUGUCAAAGAAUGGAAUCAUGGGUAGGCAUUUGGUUUCUACAAGAAUGGAGAGCAUCUCUGAUUCACGCUUGUACGAAAGCCCCCCACAGCGGCAACACAAAACUUAUUUAAGCCAAGAAAGCCCCAGAAGCUGGGACCAACUUAACUAUGGUGUCGAUACUUAUGGCUAUCGUCCAAAUUGCUCUAUGGUGAGUAACCCUUCACAACCAUGCUAUGAGAAGUUUGCUUUCCAGAGCCCGCCAAAGAACCAAGACCCAUUUUGGCGGGUACCAUACUGUGGUGUUCCCCAAGAGUCCCCGAGAUUUUCAAAUACGAGAGAAAAGAUCUUUGUGAACUUGUGUAACAUCUUUCCAGCAGAACUGGUGCGAAUUGUCAUGAAAAGAAAUCCACAUGUGACUGACGCUCAACAGCUGGCAGCAGCCAUUUUGGUGGAGAAAUCCCAGUGUGGAUAUUGAAGAUAAUUAAAAAAAAAAACACAACAACAACUAUACACCUAUUGGGGUGUGACGUUAAUUUGUUUUGUUCAGCUAAUGCUGAAGGAGGUUUGCUACAAUAGCAUUUGCAAUCUCCUUCCAAGCAAGGGGGUUAUAUAGUAGUUCAUGUAUGUUACUUACCAAGCCACUAUGCUCGAGUCCUAGCAGUGCUCAAGAUUUGUAUUGAGGUGUGAGGGCUCGGAUACACCGCAGGGUUGUAUAUAACACUAUUACUAAAAGCAGAGGUUGUUUUCUGUUUUUGGAAUUGCCUUGAUGAAUUGCAUUACCUGCAGCCUUUGUAAAAAUGGCUUGAGCCAAGCAUUACUUUUUAUAAGCAUUUUAUUUAUUAUUUAUAUUUUGAUAGUUUGGUGCAUCAGGGGUUUUCAGACAAGCACUUUUUAUUCCUAUGCUCAUUUCAGAAUGAGCAAGCUUAAAGCACCAGUCCUUUUUACAUCUAAGGAGCUUAUCUCAGAGAGUACAACUGUUAAUGCAGAUGAUAGUGAUGUGACGCGUUUCAUCAUAAUUAUCACUAGUAACAAGAAUCGACUGAUUCCAUAGACGUCAGUAUAACCAUUAAUUGCUCUUACACUAUCGGUUAGCUCUUGGAAAAUAACCUGCCAUAUUUUUUUGUCUUUUGCAUUCCCGCUGGUUAACUCUAGAAAGUAUUUUUUUAUUAUUUUAACUAUGAAUGUCCUCAGAAAAGAAUUACUAGCAUUUACCAAUUUGAGUUAAGAAAGGGACUGAUUCUUUAAUUAGUGCUUUUACCUGUACAU